CAGUUUGGUUCACGCUAAGCUUGCAUAAAGUUGAUUUAUCCCUUAGUGAUAGAUUUUAGAGCCUUUCAAUGCGCCUAAGAACACUAGAGGUACAUUGUCAAAUCGAAUGGGUCUGGAGGAAAUUGGAUCUGUAAUGUAUUUGAUGCGAUGGUUACGUUCUCAUAAAAAUGCUAUAAAAGAUCACAAAGAUAAUGUACAAGGAAUCUGCAUGUGUUUUCUGGAGAUGGUCACCCUUCAUACCCCAGCUCCUGGAUGUCAUCCAGUUUAAGACCCAGGGAACAGAAAACAUUUAAAAACUAAGGAUGGUACUACCUGAACUUGUACAGCAAAAAUACACUGUUUUUGAGAGGUUUUACUAUUUUGUGUGCUCUGAACAAGACCAUGGUGUGUAUACCUGUCUUCCAGUGGAGUUAAUUUCUCCAUCCCCCAGAUGGUAAUAUCGUUCACUCGUCACCUGGCUUUCCCCAUCCUUGGGGUUAUGUAGGGUGCUUCUUAUCCCUUCUCUGUUCUGGUGGGAUCCACCUCGCACUGCUUUUGAGCAGAGUUGUAGUUUGUUCUACCAAAGAUAGAAGACCCGGCCCUGUUCACCUGGACUCCGUUAUGUAUUGUUCCCUUACUCAAGGACUUUGUUCAAGAUUGGAUGCUAUAAUAUUCCAGACAAUUUUGUCUGCUACUGUGCUUUUUUUGUGUGCAUUGGGGAUGUGGCAUUGUCCCAGCACAUUUGUUGUAUUCGCCACAUCUCUGUUGGCAUUAUAACAGCAUCUCAUGACUAGCUUUGAAGGAAAAUAUACAAUUUAAAUAGUAUAUUGUAUUGUGAACUGAUUUCUCUGCACUUCUAUAUUAUUGCUGGGUGGUGGAAAAGACUGCUUCUAUGUGGCCGUGGUGUGUCGGAAGUAAGUGACGUAUUCGGAAAAUAUGCUCUCGCGAGACCGUUGUACAGACGUGGGAUUUUGAUAUCAAGGGUUGAGCCCGUGGGGUAUAAAAGGAAUUCCUGAAUAUGAGUGAUGACAAACCUUUCUUAUGUACUGCUCCUGGGUGUGGUCAGCGAUUUACAAACGAAGACCACUUGGCUGUCCACAAACACAAACAUGAGAUGACACUCAAGUUUGGUCCAGCAAGGGACAACAGUGUCAUCGUUGCUGACCAAACACCAACACCUACACGCUUUCUGAAGAACUGUGAGGAAGUGGGACUCUUCAAUGAGCUUACCAGUCCAUUUGAGCAUGACUUCAAAAAAGCUGCUGAGGAUGACCUCAAAAAGAUGCCCUUGGAUCUGUCGCCUCUUGCCACACCAAUGAUCAUACAAAAUAAAAUUGAGGACCACUCAGUUGUGGAGGCACAUCGGGGCAGCCCUCUGCCCCAUCCGGAAUCUACAACAAGUGACGACAAGGAGGUAUCUUUGCAGCCGACCUCACUGCCAACCUCUACUAUAGUCCAUCCUGCAUCCCUCCAAGUCCCAAAUGUACUCCUAGCAACCUCAGACGCUAGUGUUGUUAUACAGCAAGCUCUCCCAUCGCCAACAUCUAGCUCUGUAAUUACCCAAGUCCCAUCCUCUAAUAGACCAAUAGUUCCAGUCUCUGGAACUUUUCCUGUACUCUUUCAGCUGCCUAAUGGACAAACCAUGCCCGUCGCAAUCCCAGCAACCAUCGCAUCUAGUGUACAUAUUCCAACCGCAAUUCCUCUUGUCAGACCCGUCUCCGUAGUGCCUAACGUCCCUGGGAUCCCUGGACCGCCCUCGCCUCAAGCCGUCCAAUCAGAAGCUAAGCUGAAGCUGAAGGCAGUACUAAGCCAGCAGCUCCCUCAGGUAACCAAUGGAGAUUCUGGUGAUGUCCAGAGCAGUGCUGUGACCCACACUGCAGCCCCGGCCCUGGCCCCUUCCCCAUCUCUGUCUCCUGGCCCUCCCCCGGCCCCGCCUGAGGAACCCUGCCCCCAGACCCUCCAGCAGCCUGCCACCUCCACCACUGAGACGCCUGCGUCUAAGGCGCACCCUGCCCAGCACACAGGGGGCCGGCGGCGCAGAGCCACCAGCGAGGACCCGGACGAGAAGAGGCGCAAGUUCCUGGAACGCAACCGAGCGGCGGCGUCCCGCUGCAGACAGAAGAGGAAGGUCUGGGUGUCUUCGCUGGAGAAGAAGGCUGAGGACCUCAACUCUAUGAACGGACAACUACAGAGUGAAGUCACCCUGCUGAGAAAUGAAGUGGCUCGGCUGAAGCAGCUUCUUCUGGCUCAUAAAGAUUGCCCUGUAACCGCCAUGCAGAAGAAAUCUGCCUUUCACACAUCUGAGAAGGAAGACAGCUGUGAGGAGAUGUCAGUCCCAGGCAGCCCCCAGAACGAGGCCAUCCAGCACAGCUCCGUCAGCACCUCCAACGGAGUCAGCUCCUCCUCCAUGACCCCUGCUGCCUCCGCCCCUGCCACAGCAGACCAGAGCACAGAGGAUGGCCAGGCACAGCGGGGCGCUGCCCUGUCCACCAGCCAGACUCAGCCCUCAGGAAGCUGAUCAGCCCCAUCGCACCGCAGGCAGUGGCCCAGCCUCGCUGCUGCCUCUGUAGGGGAAAGGAACUCUCACUCAGCUUCGGUUUGGACUAUACUGUCUUUGCUCAUUGUUUGGUUUCUGUUUCUUUCGUUUUUCUUGGAAUGCAAUGUAAUGGUUUGUUGGAAAUUGGUAAAGAUGCAAAAGAAGGCCCUUUACGAAUGGUUUGAAGAUUGAAAUGAUUGUCUUAUUUCCUCCUCGUUUUCUAGUCAUUUGAUUGAUUUAUUGACUGUACAUAAGUCCUUUUUGUUUUGGACCUCUGUGAACUUUGAAGUUGUAACGAUUUGAAUCAGUGCAUUGUCAAUGAGACCUUACCAAAGUGUGUUGUGGCUCACUUGGAAUGUAUUUGUUUUUAAUGGGCUUUUAUAUCUUUAUUUUAUGGUGAGAAGACGUAAGGAGCAGACACUUUAAUUGUUUUGCCUUUUUCAUUUUGCACAUAACAGAUGAAGGGUUUAACUUUUUAGUGUUUUUGAUUGUUCCAAUAAGAUGUACUGGCAGCUUUUUAAGGUAGAUUUUAAUACCUGUCUCGUUACAAAACUUCAACGGUUGAAGCAGAUUUGAAGUGACAACAUUUAUGUGAGUGAUUUAGUUUGGCUACGUCUGCCGGUAGCAUGAUGUGGUUUAAAUGUUCAGAGUUGCCUGCACUUGUAAAAUAGGAGCUUGGGUCGAAUUCUAUGUGCUUUCUUUGACCAACAUUCCAUUUGUAGUUUGAUUGUUUCAUGAACCAGUGAUUGUAGGAUUGCAGUACAUCUUACAUUACAUAAACAUGUUGACUCAACCAUGUGCCAUUAAUUUUAUCCCACAGAUUGAUUUGUGAUUAGAAUUAUGAGUGUUACCAUGUACAUCAUUUCUUGGUAUAGGAGAUCUGUUUCUUCUGAAUAAUGUUUCUGCUUACUAAGUGACUUGCCCAUUGCUUUGAUGUUUGACUCUGAACACUUGAGGAAAUAUUCAAGUGACUUAAGAAUAGGACCUUUUUUAGGAAACAUUGUAAAUAACAUCAUUACUGACACAUUGUGGUUUUUCCAGAUGUCAUACUUUUUUAAAACGUGUAUUAGAGUCCUAAUAAGUUUUAUUUGUAUUAAAUAAAUAUCAACUUGAGGAACCUUUACUGGCCUCCAACCUAAAACGAAGGCUCUGUUUGCCUUGCGUAGUAGUACAGUACCUUUGAAAACACUAAUAGAAUCACAUACUGCGCCAGAAACUAAAUGAGGAAUCAAUGAUGUAUGUGUAUGUUGAUCUUAUACUGCUUUUAAGGCUAGUGAUAUUUUAGAAAAUAGUUGUAGUUUGCAAAUCAUACAAUUAUUAUUUCGUAUCAAAUUGCCUUUAAUCUUUAAAUGUAUUGGCUUACUACUGUGUAGUUUAACGAGACACUACUGCAUUUUGUUUCAGAUAUCAUUUGUUCCUUUUUAUUUAACAGGUUUUAUUGUACUGUCACUUAUAUGCUCUCAGCAUGAUUUCAAUAAUUCUCUGAGAGAAUUAAACUGAUAUUUAAUAAUGUCUCAGUCAAAUAAGUAACAUUGAACAUGUUUCACCUUGAGUUAUAACUAGCUGGUCUUAGGUUUAUGAAAGGUUUUGUAAAUUGUUUUACCCCGGCUUAACUGCUUAAAAGGGGUGUGAUAUUGUGUUGACAGUAAACUUGUAACUUGUGAAAGUUAUGUAUAAAGUACAGUAUCCUAAAUUAAUAAGACGUAAUAAAUCUUCUAUCUCUUUAAAUCCA